AACUCGGACAAACUCGCCAAGAGUUGGAUGGAGUAUCAAGGGAUCAACAACUGGAAAGGCUUGCUCGAUCCGCUCGACGAUGUUCUACGAAGUGAGAUUCUGAGGUACGGACAGUUCGUGGAAGCGGCGUAUCGUGCUUUCGAUUUUGACGACACUUCGCCGACUUUCGGGUCGUGUAAGUUCUCCAAGAACUCGCUGCUGACUCGGGCUUGCGUUAGGGAGACCGGUUAUAAACCGACCAAGAACCUGCGUGCGACGUGUGGGAUUCAGUUGCCGGAUUGGAUAGACCGGGGGCCGAGUUGGGUUUCUACUCGGUCGACCUGGAUCGGUUACGUGUCGGUGUGUCAGGACAAGUCCGAGAUCGCCAGGUUAGGUAGGCGUGACGUGGUGAUCGCCUUCCGGGGUACAGCCACGUUCUUGGAGUGGGUCGAGAAUCUACGCGCCACGCUAACCGAUGUGGGUGGUCGUGACGGUGCCUGUGGGGCAAUGGUGGUAACCGGGUUCUGGAGCCUCUACACUUCCGGGAACACCACGUGCCCCAGCUUGCAGCAAAUGGUGAGGGAGGAGAUCGGGCGAGUAGUCGAAACGUACGACGACGAACCCUUAAGCUUGACCGUAACCGGACACAGUCUCGGCGCAGCUCUAGCUAUACUCGCCGCGCACGACAUAAACUCGAACUUUAACAAUGCACCGUCGAUCACCGUCAUAUCGUUCGGCGGACCACGAGUCGGGAACCAAAGCUUCAGAUGCCAACUAGAGAAAAGCGGGACGAAGAUUCUACGUAUAGUAAACUCCGAUGAUCUCAUAACGAAAGUACCGGGCUUCGUGGUGGAUAACAACGACAUAAAGAUCAAUUCGGCGGUGUUUCCGAGCUGGGCUCAGAGGCACGUGGAAGAUGCGCAGUUAGUUUACGUCGAUGUAGGGCAAGAGCUGAGACUAAGCAGCAGGGUGUGCCCGCACCUGAGCAAAGGAGGCGUGGCCACAUCUCACGAACUCGGCACGUAUAUGGAAUUAGUAAAUGGUUUUGUUAGUUCAAAUUGUCCAUUUCGGGGCACUACCAGUAGAGGUUUUUUUUAUUAA